ACCACCAACAUGGAGACUCUGUACCGAGUCCCAUUCUUAGUGCUGGAAUGCCCCAACCUGAAGCUGAAGAAGCCACCAUGGGUGCACAUGACCUUGGCCAUGAUGGUGUACACUCUGGUGGUGGUGUCUUACUCCUUCACCACCGGAGGAAUAAUUUAUGAUAUUAUUGUUGAACCUCCAAGUGUUGACUCUAUGACUGAUGAAAAUGGGCAUCAGAGACCAGAGAAUUUCUUAGCCUACAGGGGCUAUCUGAUGGGUUAG